AUGUUUGUCGGCGCUCGCUAUAUUCUUGGAUUUGGAGACAUAAUAGUUAUUUGUACCGCUCCACUUCUGAUCACCGAAAUUGCCCCAGCUCAGGAUAGAGCGAUUCUGGUUACAAUUGCUGGCGCUACUUACCAUUCGGGGGCGUUUAUCGCAGCUUGGACAACAUAUGGCACGCUGAAAAUAAAAAGCGAGUGGUCUUGGAGACUACCCAGUAUUGUCCAGGGUAUAUUCACCUUAACGAUGUUAGCUGUUGUGUGGUGGAUUCCUGAGAGUCCUCGCUAUUAUGUGUCCAAAAAUAACCCUGAUAAGGCUCUAGAGAUUCUAGCACAUUACCAUGCAGAGGGAGACCAGACAGAUGAAAUAGUUCAAUUAGAAUUCACCGAGAUCACGACAGCCAUUGCAUUAGAAAAAAGCGGCGACCAAUCCAAUUCUUUCUUGGACUUUCUGCGAACCCAGGGUAAUCGCAGGCGGCUCCUCAUCAUUGUCACAUUUGGACUGUUUGCCCAAUGGUCGGGGAAUGGUCUCGUUUCAUACUACCUCAAUCUCAUCAUGGACAGUAUUGGGAUCACAGAUGCCAACGAGCAGCUUCUGAUCAACGGCGCUUUGACUUCUUUUAACCUUGCCACCAACCUUUUCUUCAGUUUCUUCGUCGAUAAAUGGGGCCGUCGUCCCAUCAUGUUGAUCAGUUCAGCAGGAAUGCUGGUCGCCUUUGUGAUAUGGACUAUACUGUCAGCGCGCUACGAUACGAAUGCUAGCUCGAGCCUUGGAUCUGGUGUUCUCGGGAUGAUAUUCAUAUACUAUCUAUUCUACAAUCUAAAGUCUGGGUUGAUCGCAAGCUACACAACUGAGAUCCUCCCAUAUUCGAUGCGUGCGAAGGGAUACACUAUCAUGGAAUUCGCCAUGUAUAUUGCGCUCUUUUUCAACCAAUAUGUCAACCCUAUCGCUCUUGACAACAUUCACUGGCGUUAUUAUAUCUUUUAUUGCUGUUUCUUGGCUGUGGAAGUGGUGGUGAUCUGGUUUUUCUAUCUCGAGACUCGAUAUAUGCCUCUGGAGGAAGUGGCCAAGAUCUUUGACGGCCAUGACAUUGCAACUGUCGCAAAUAUCGAGAUGGAAAAGAUGGAAUGCACAGGGAAAAACAUGACAACUGCAACUCAUGUAGAAACAAUAAGCGCCUAG